GAAAGAAGUCUAGAAUAAUUACAUACGCGGUGUAUAGAUUUAGUUCAGAAAAAAUUUUAAAUAGAAAAUAUUUGAGAUAAAGCUUUUAUCUCACUUUAAAAGAGCUUAUCAGCGUAGUCGCUUCGAAUCCAAAAGUGAAACGAUUUAUAAAUCAACUAGAAUCUAUCGAGUACCACUUCGAAUACGACCAAAAAAACUGUUUGGUUUGUCAUUAUAUAUGAUGUUGUUAAGGGGAAAAAAAGAAAAUGCAUAGUUUUCUCGCAUAAUCAUAUAUUUCUAUUCUUCCUCCGAACUCACACAAAAAUUAUGUUGGAAUUAGAAUUAAAAUAAAUAGAUUAAACAAGAUAUCUUUUCAAUUGUACGAUGAACUCAAUUGAUUUUAAAGCGAGAAAAUCAUCGUAUUACUUUUUUGUUGAACUAUAGAAAUUUAUUUGAACAUCAUUUUUCUAUAAUAUAUAAAAUAGUAUAUAAAAUAUAUAACAUAUAGGAUUGGUGUACUCUAUUAUUAUUAGUGCUCCUCCAAGUGAUUUUCUACCAUUUUUCAUAUUUUUGGUUUUUUUUUAGUGGUCCAGAUGACAAUAUUUUCAUCUAUUUCACGGAUCAUGGUGCAGCAGGUCUGGUCGCUUUUCCAGAAGGAGUGAUGGUCAUUUACAUUGAAGCAUGUGAAUCGGGCUCAAUGCUAGAAGGUCUAUUACCUGAUAACAUUAACGUUUAUGCAACAACUGCCUCAAAUGCCGAAGAAUCAUCUUACGCAUGUUAUUACGAUGAAAAACGUCAAACAUACUUGGGUGAUGUCUAUUCAGUCGUGUGGAUGGAAGAUAGUGAUGCAGAAAAAAUCGAUACGGAAACACUAUUUAAACAAUUUCAAGUAACACAAGACAAAACAAAUACUAGUCAUGUCAUGCAGUAUGGAGAUUUGAAACUUGGUGCUGCACAGAUGGUUGCAGAAUUUCAAGGUGAACUAGAACCAUUGUCAAAACCACCAAAAAAUCCAACUGUCGAUUAUUACAAUGGUUUAUUGAAACGUGAUGCUGUUGCUACUGAAGACGUUCGUCUUUCAAUAGUUGCUCGUCGUUUGGCAGCUAGUGAAUCAGAUUCAGAAAAUCAAAAACAAUUACAAAAAGAACUUGAACAAUUAUUACAAGUAUUAUUAUUAUUUUAA